AUGGAAGGCAUGGUGGAUCCGGAACGUGAACAAGCUCUUGAAGAUUACAAAAAGAGUCUGCUAGAGUCAAGAGAAUGGGAAGCAAAGCUGAAGAAUCUGCGGUUAGGCAUAAAGGACCUGCAAAAGGAGUUUGACACCACGGAGGAAAACAUCAAGGCGCUGCAGAGCGUCGGUCAAAUUAUUGGAGAGGUUCUCAAGCAACUAGAUGAGGAGAGAUUCAUCGUCAAAGCCUCCUCGGGCCCCCGCUACGUCGUCGGCUGCCGCUCAAAAGUCGACAAAACAAAGCUGAAACAGGGCACCCGCGUCGCCCUCGACAUGACCACCUUAACAAUCAUGCGCAUGCUGCCCCGCGAAGUCGACCCGCUCGUCUACAACAUGUCCCUCGAGGACCCCGGACAGAUCAGCUUUGCGGGAAUCGGUGGUCUGAACGAUCAGAUCCGUGAGCUGAGAGAGGUCAUCGAGUUGCCGUUGAAGAACCCAGAGCUGUUUUUGCGUGUGGGGAUAAAACCGCCCAAGGGUGUGCUGCUAUAUGGCCCGCCGGGGACGGGGAAGACGCUGCUCGCUAGAGCUGUAGCGAGUUCGUUGGAGACAAAUUUUUUGAAGGUCGUCUCAUCCGCUAUCGUAGACAAAUACAUCGGUGAAUCUGCCCGCUUAAUCCGCGAAAUGUUCGGAUACGCCAAGGAGCACGAACCUUGCAUCAUCUUCAUGGAUGAAAUUGACGCAAUCGGCGGCCGGCGUUUUUCGGAAGGCACAUCUGCCGAUCGAGAGAUCCAACGCACGUUAAUGGAGCUCCUCAACCAACUGGACGGGUUUGACUAUCUUGGGAAAACCAAGAUUAUAAUGGCGACUAACCGACCCGACACGUUGGACCCGGCCCUGCUGCGGGCUGGGCGGUUGGAUCGCAAGAUCGAAAUCCCGCUGCCUAAUGAGGUGGGGCGGUUGGAGAUUUUGAAGAUUCAUGCUAGUGGAGUGGCGAUUGAGGGGGAGAUUGACUUUGAGAGUAUCGUGAAGAUGAGUGAUGGGUUGAACGGGGCUGAUUUGAGGAAUGUGGUCACGGAAGCUGGCUUGUUCGCCAUCAAGGACUACCGGGAUACGGUGAACCAGGACGAUUUCAACAAGGCUGCUGUGCGCAAGGUCGCUGAGUCGAAGAAGCUGGAGGGUAAAUUGGAGUACCAGAAACUGUAA